UGACACGGUGAACAUAACAUUGUUUACAAGAGCUGGUGUAGCUGGGCGGUGGCGGUGACGGACUGAGGCUCAAGGCGUAACUUGUCAUAAUGGAGUUGGAGGAUUCGUUCUAUCCCAAAGCUCAAUAUAUAGAAACAGCCACAGGGAACCGUGUGAGUCGUGGUAGUGUGCUAUGCGGCUCUCAGAACAUUGUUCUGAGUGGAAAAGUCAUUGUACUUAGUGGUGUCAUCAUCCGGGGGGAUUUAGCCAACGUUCGAGUUGGCCGCCACUGCGUUAUAUCAUCCAAAUCUGUCAUUAGACCACCAUUUAAGAAAUUCAGCAAAGGGGUGGCGUUCUUUCCUCUUCAUAUUGGUGAUCACGUGUUUAUUGGUGAAGGAUCAAUUGUCAAUGCUGCAGUGGUAGGCUCCUAUGUUUACAUUGGGAAGAACUGUGUUAUUGGCAGAAGGUGUGUGCUAAAAGAUUGCUGCAUGAUUGCUGAUGAUACUGUUCUUCCUCCGGAAACUGUUGUCCCUCCAUUUGCUGUAUACUCUGGGUCACCAGCAAGACAUACUGGAGAUUUACCAGAAGCUACCCAAGAUCUUAUGACUGACUACACCAAGUCUUGUUACCACCAUUUCAUAAGGGUCAAGGAUAUGCCUCCACAGGCCAGAGAGGGAACCACAAAACUUAUUGAUAUUUAAUAAAUUUAUUGUUUUGUGCCUCAGGUCACAAGACAGGGUACAGUACAGUACAGUAGAUCUUUGCCAUUUGUGGGUUUGCGAUUCGUGAUUUUGGCGAUUCGUGGUAAGCAGAUGGUGGCUAGCUUGCGAGCCUCUCCCGCAGUGCAACGGGCCACCCCUGCGCACCCGCAGCGUUUCUUCUUCAUUGCUUGCACUCAACCAUUGCCUGCGACGCAGCAUCUCUUGUGUUGUGGUUCAAAACUUUAGUGUUUCUAUGUGAAAUGGCCCAUAAAAGACUGCCUAGUGUCAGUACUCGUGAUGCUAGUGCAGUGAAACGUAAAAGGCGGAAGUCAGUGAUGACUCUAACAAAGAAUGUUGAAUUAUUAGAUAAGUUAAAAGAGGGAAUGAGUACUGUCGCGGCUGGUCGGUUGUUUGGUAUAGGUAUGCAGUAGUUCACUAAGGUAUUAAAAUUUCCUAUUCGCGGUUUUGCCUAUUUGCACCAUUCCUUGGAACCUAACCCCCUCGAAUAACUUAGAUUCCAGCAAGAGAAUGAGACAAGUCCAACAGUUACUGUAGAUAAUCUUUUUAAAGCUUUAAAUCAUAAUCUUGCUUUAUAUUUGCUUUCCAUUUUUAAAGGGGGGUGAAAUAAUUUCAUAGCUUAAUCAUACAAAUAUUUGAGAAAAUAUACUACACUUAAUGAAGCCACCAAUAAUACAAGAAAAUGCUGUCUCUGAAAUACUGUAUAUUCAUCGUAAAUAAAUCAAUAAUGACU